AUCCCCAGAGCGUGUUCAUUCUGCGGAAGGCUCGCUGUUUUGUUUCCAACUUCGCUUCACUUCAACUCGGGGCUUUUAUUUACGUUGUCGGUUUUCACGUGUUUCUUUGGAAAACUGUUUAUAUACAUUGGAUCACAACUUUCGAUUUCUUUCUUUUUAAUUUUCUUUACAGUUGUUUUGUGAUUUUAUAGGAAUUGUUUCCCUGGGAAUUUAAUCUUACUAACUGAAAAUGGUCUAUAUUGUGGAAAUCUGGCCAUAAAGAAGUGAAGAUUUUGUAGAAUUUAACAGGAAUGUUCGUGACAGUUAAGUAUGGGGACGAGCAAAGUCGUCUCUUCAAUGCUAACUGCAGAAACGACGUCCUUCUUCAACACAUCAAGAAACGGUGUGAUUGCCAGCGAGAUGACAUAGUGGAACUCUCUGAUGAGAAAGGGGUGGUCAAACACUUGAGGAACUACCCCUACGAUUAUGGAAUAGAUCACCUGAGGGAACGGGAGACACUGAUCCUCCUCAAAGUCGACGGUAACAUGUAUGGAGACGAGAACGACUCGACAAUGGGCGACAGGCUGACAUUUAUCCCACUCCUAGCCAGCAUGGAGGGCAAUCAAGAAUUUAUGGAACUGAUUAACCCUCGGCCACAGUCACGUAAGAGUUCGGCACGUGAAGACGAUCGAAGAGUGAAAGCAAAAGGCGGGAAAACUCCUCCUACCACCAAACGACAGAAUACCAAAUCUAGCGCGAAAAAGACUUCCUGACAGAGUGUAAUUUAGAAUGUUUUAUUUAUUGUAAAUGUCUGUGUGUAUUUGAGUAUGUUGUUCAAAAGUAAAUU